AUGGCAAUCGCCAUCAUUCAGAGCCCAUUGGACAGAGUCACAGAAACCGAUUUCAGAACCCAGCGGUUUCUUGCAGAAAUGCCUCUAGACUGUGAACUAAGCUACGGCUCCAUGCCAUCCCAGAAGGGAAAGGUUUUUGUCCCUUGGGCUUUUCUUCUGGCGGUGGCAGCAUGGCAACAGCCAUCAUUAAGAGCCCAUUGGACGGAGGUGAGGACCGACCGGGAAACGCUUCCCUGCGCUUCGCGGACCUGUGAGAAACUGUCCCCCAAAUCGGCUUUCUACCGGCUUGGACUUCUCUGCAUCCUCCCCCACUUUGCCACUGCCUCGACCAAUCAAGCCCAGCGCCGCCCCAUCUCACGCGUCUUGAACAGGCGUGACGUGGCUGCAAUCAGCUUAGACCUUAGACAUAGACCUAGACAUAGCCCCUCGGAGGAUUCCUCCCUUAGUUCCGAAGAGGAGGAUUUAUUACAGCGAAAAGCGGCCCGUUAUGAAGCAACUAGGUACCAUCCUCUGGAGUCUCGGGCUCACAGUGAGAGGGGCUCGACACGCCCCUCGCCUUCCGCUCCUCCCCCUCCACCCUAUCAUGAUCCUCCCUUGGACAAGGCACGUCCAUCUCGUACUUCCCUGUUUCCUGAUAAUCUUUGCAGGCAGAUGCGAUUAGCUUUCCCCGUCUUUGAGGGGGAUGGGGACGAGCGCGUUUACGCCCAGGUGGAGUUUGCUCAGAUUAAGGAGCUAGCGGAGGCGGUCAGGAAGUACGGAACAAAUGCCAACUACACCAUUUCCCUGCUUGACAGGCUAGCGCGGGAUCGAAUGACCCCCAGGGAUUGGCAGGACGUGGCCAAAGCCACGCUACCCAAUAACGGGAAAUUUCUAGAGUGGAAGGCCCUCUGGUAUGAUGCAGCUCAGGAUCAGGCUCGCCUUAACCGCAACGCCCGCGAUGCCGCGCAGCAUGCGUGGACCAGUGACAUGCUUACUGGCCAGGGCGUCCAUGCAGAGGAUCAGAUUAACUUACCCUGGGGGGUAUAUCCCCAGAUAUCCUUGCUUGCCAUAAAAGCCUGGAAAGGCCUUUCCGUAAAAGGUGAGACAGGUAACCAACUCACAAAGAUCAUUCAGGGGCCUCAGGAACCCUUCUCUGAUUUUGUUGCAUGCAUGACGGAGGUGGCGAGUCGCAUUUUUGGUGACUCGGACGCAGCGACCCCCCUUAUCGAGCAGCUCAUUUUUGAACAAGCGACUCAGGAAUGCAGGAAUGCCAUAGCCCCGAGGAAGGCUAAGGGCUUGCAGGAUUGGCUCAAAGUCUGCCGCGAGCUCGGGGGCCCCCUCUCCAACGCUGGCCUAGCGGCCGCCAUUCUCUGCUCACAGCGGCAGCGAAGCUCGGAUCCCUCCUGGGACCGCACCUGUUUUAAUUGUGGGAAGCGAGGACACGUUAAGCGUGACUGCAGGGCGCCGCGGGCGACCCCCUCUCUGUGUCAGCGCUGCAAGAAGGGCAAUCACCCCGCCGACCGUUGUCGGUCCAUCCGUGACAAUACGGGGCGGCUCCUCCCACCUCUAAUCUCGGAGGACCAAAAAAACGGGAGGCGAGGCCCAUGGUCUCAGGGCCUGAACAAGUAUGGGACCAGGUUCGUUCGGGAGGCUCAGGAACAGCAACCCAGUGCAGAGUCACCCAACUGGACCUCCGUGCCACCUCCUCCCUCACCAUAACCCCUGAUUCAGGAGUCCAGCCUGUUCCGGUAGCACCCGUGCAAGAAGCCCCUCCUGGAUGCAUUGGCCUUUUAGUGGGAAGGACAACCCUCGCGAAGCUGGGUCUUAUAGUUUACCCAGGUACACUAGAUGUCAGAAAACCGAGCAUUCAGGUUUUAUGCUCCUGCCCGACAGGCACCUUUGUAAUUAAGGAAGGGGACCGUGUCGCGCAGGUGCUCCUCUUCCCGGCUGGUUUUGAGGACCCUAAACGGAGAGGCCCCUUGGAAAUCCCCGCCACGAAUCCUGUGCAAGCUUACCUAGUCAUGGACCUGGCCAAGAGACCUAAACUGACCCUUUCCAUUCAGGGUAAGCGUUUUGAGGGCAUUAUGGACACCGGCGCUGACCGGAGUAUCAUCUCCUCGCACUGGUGGCCUAAGGGCUGGCCGGUGGCUGAGUCUGAGCAUGAGCUUCAGGGUCUAGGUUAUACCCAAUGCCCUUCCAUGAGCACCCAGGUCCUCACCUGGCGUACUGAUGAAGGGAGCAAGGGUUCCUUCACCCCAUAUGUCCUGCCUCUCCCAGUUAACCUUUGGGGCAGGGAUGUCUUAACAGCCUUAGGCAUAGUCUUAACCGAUCAGUACUCCCCUCAGGCACGUAAAAUGAU